UGAAGAGAGAGAGAGGAGGAGGGAGAAGGAGCAGGGCAGGCGGCGGCGCUCCAUGGCCGGCGGCUCGGGGUGAGGUGGAACGGCGCGGCCGGGCAUGGCGGGCGUCAGCUACUCGCCGCCCUGGUGGGUGAGCCUGCUGCACCGUCUGCCGCACCUCAGCCUGCGCUGGGAGCUCACCGCCGCCGACUUCCGACCGCACGACGCCGAGUACCAGCAGGCCCUGCUGCUGCUGGGUGGCAUCGCUCUCUCCUGCCUCGCUCUGGACCUGCUCUUUCUCUUGUUCUACUCCUUCUGGCUGUGUUGCCGCCACCGGAAGAGCGAAGAACACCUAAAUGCUGACUGCUGCUGCACGGCGUGGUGCGUCAUCAUCGCCACCCUGGUCUGCAGUGCUGGAAUUGCUGUUGGCUUCUAUGGGAACGGAGAGACCAGUGACGGCAUCCACCGGCUGACGUACUCGCUACGCCACGCGAACCGCACCGUGGCAGGGGUCCAAGACCGGGUACUAGACACUGCGGUGGCCCUGAACCAGACAGUGGAACCCAACUUGCUUGUCCUGGAGGAGAUGUUCACGAAGCAGACAGACUACCUGCAUGUUAUCCAGAAACUACAAGGUCUUUUGGAUGAUCUGGUCAGGCAAACGACUGAGAUCCCCUUUUGGAAGAAUGAAGAGCUGUCUCUGGAGGAACUGGCAAUUCAGAUUGACCUCUAUGACUGGUACAGGUGGCUGGGAUACCUGGGCCUGCUGCUGUUCAAUGUCCUGAUAUGUUUGCUGGUGCUCUUUGGGCUCAUCAGAAACUCCAGGGGCAUUCUUGUGGGGGUGUGCUUGCUUGGGGUGUUUGCCCUGAUUGUCAGCUGGGGAUCCCUGGGUCUGGAGUUGGCUGUUGCUGUGGGCUCCAGUGACUUCUGUGUUAACCCUGAUGCCUAUGUCUCCAAAGUGGUUGAAGAGAAUGCAGUGCUUAGUGCUGAUACUCUCCGCUACUACAUCACCUGUAGUGCUGGAUACCCCAACCCUUUCCAGCAGAAGCUGUCAGGAAGUCACAAGGCUCUGGUUGAAAUGCAAGAUGAUGUCAUGGAACUCAUGAGGUCAGCAAGCAGAGAGCACCCCACCUCCAAGGAGUAUCUUACUCGGAUCCAGGAGGUCUUAAAUUCAACAGAAGUCAACUUGCAGCAACUGACAGCUUUAGUAGACUGUCGGAGUCUUCAUUUGGAUUACGUCCAGGCUUUGACAGGCUUUUGCUAUGAUGGAGUGGAAGGCCUCAUCUACCUGGUUCUCUUCUCCUUUGUCACAGCACUCAUGUUCAGCUCCAUUGUGUGCAGCGUCCCACACACUUGGCAGCAAAAGAGAAGCUCAGAUGAUGAUGGGGAAGACGAAUCAGCUGCUCAAGGGAGUAGACAGACACACGAUAAUCUUUACAGAGUGCACAUGCCCAGCCUCUAUAGCUGUGGGAGUAGUUAUGGCAGUGAGACCAGCAUUCCAGCAGCAGCACACACAGUCAGCAAUGCUCCCGUCACAGAGUACAUGAGCCAGAAUGCAAAUUUCCAGAACCCCCGUUGCGAGAAUACCCCGCUCAUUGGCCGGGAGUCCCCUCCUCCCUCAUACACCUCCAGCAUGAGAGCCAAAUACCUCGCCACCAACCAACCUCGUCCAGAUGCUGGCAGUGUGCAUUAAAGUGAAAAAGCAAAAGCAAGAAAGCAAACAAACAGACAAAACCCACAUGUGCAGUCACACUAAACAAUGUGCCAACUGCUGUGCCCCCCUGCUGUCCUCGUAGAACAAUCCUGCUGUUCUGCCCAAAAGCCAGUACAGCUCCUUCUGUUUCUCCAGUCCAGACCACUCCUCCAACCUGGUACCUGCCCACUGGAGUGGAAGCCCCUUCUGAAUUUAAGCCUCCACCUUGUUGUACCUGCUGUGCAAGAGAGAGCAAGCACAUGCAGGCAAGAAACGGGGGCCAGCUGCCUGGGGGUCAGCUUAUUAGAGUUAGAAAAAGUUGGUGAAUAUCUUCUUCCCCAUUUUUAUCCCCUUCCAUUCCCCAGAGGAACUCAGUGAAAGAUGGUGGUAGAUCUUCUUCACUUCUGCAGUGGGAUCAGCAGCCUGUCAGCGUUGAGGAAGCAGAGGCUGGUGCCCAUGGCUAGCAUACAGCGAGGGGAUGCUGAGUCAAUGCACAACACGGCGUUUUGGUGGGAGUCCUCUGGUCUGGUGCUCGGCGUGAGGGAGGAGGGAAACCCCUGCCUCAUGGUGUCACUGCAUAUCCACUGUCGUUUGGGAGCCAGGGGCUCCUCUACAGCAAACCAUUCCACUACCCUGGUUUAACUUUUUUUUUUUCCUUAAAUCCAUUAAGAAAAUGCCUUUUUCUUUCCCACUCUAACAUGUGAAAUCUUGAGGAGGAGCAGGGGGGCCCAGCACCAGUCAACUAUCCUGACCUCUCUGCUCUGUCAGGGAAGCCCAGGUACUUGCAGAUGGCAUUCUGGGUGCUGCCUUUAUGAGGCUGCCACACAGAUCGGACAGGAGCCAGCCACCCACCCACUUGGUGCCAAAUUUGUCCGGGAGAAGACCUGCAAGGCUCGAUGGGGGUAUUUUUGCACUAAAGAGUUCCAGAUCUUGUGGGACAGGGAGGCUGGAAGCACCAACGGCUUUCUAGCAAACGCGAGGUCUCCCUGCAGGAGUGAGACCUCUGAACUCUGCUGGACUUCUUUUUGUUAGGGAAAAUAAGUUAUGAUUGGCAGCACAGGGUUGCUGAACUGGCACUGAAGGAGGUUUUUGGAGCCUCAGUUCUAACAAGCUCCCAGGAUUGUCAGUUUACCUUCCGCGUUCCAGAGUCAGAAACCCAAGUGGCACCCGAAGAACAUCACAACUUUCAGAGAGAAUUUCUGUUUCAUUCUACUUUACUUUGGUUUGUUUCUCAAGGCACAUUGCUAACCACUAUCUGACCUUAUUAGGGCACAUGUAAAGCAUUUUUCUAGACAGGAGGCUGAACAGGGCUUGCAAAGAGGCAGCUGGAUGCCUGCAGAGGGCAACAUCCUCCACUGGUGCUGUACUUUCCACUGAAAAGCAGUGCUCCAAUGAGCACUGACAGCUUCCUCCUGGAAGAGGAGACUGCCUCUUGAGAGGUGCUGUCCAGUACUGCCCUUUCAGCAGGGUAACAAUGAUGUUCCUUUUUGUCUUUUUACCUCUGAGCAAGGGCAUCUCAGUCUGGCUGCUGAGUAUUAUCUUAACUGGCAGAGGAAGUCAAGUGAGCAACAUCUCUCAAACUGGAAUUGAGCCACUGGCAGAGGCAGUUUGUCUUCACCCCAGUGAUGUUCAGACUUGGUGUCUGUUUACCCCACGUUUGCUGUAUGGGGCACAGAAUCUACCAGCCUGCCUUUGCUCUAGCCAGUUGCCUUUAUGCAGUGAGGUAGGGAUUGCUCCUAGCUCAGUAGGAGCUGUAAAGUGGUACCAGCUCUGUGGAAGAGCAAGUUCUGAGACUCCUUUUGAGAUAGAAACCACUAAGAGAAGGCAAAAGCUGUAGGCCAGCAGUUACUAUUUGAAGGAGGCACCACCGUGCAGACAGGAAGAGAAGGUUUGGGAGAAAACUUCACCAUCAAUCUGGAAGCAGGAUUUUCUUGCUCAGGACUGAGUAUAUGCCCUCUCAGCUGUGUUUGAUGGGCUUCACCCUGAAGCAUACCUCUGUGUUAUCAAAUAAGAGGGGAAGGGCAAUGCAGUCACAGGUGUUGCACAGUGACGCUGUGGUUCAUGAGCACCAAGGUUUCUACCCUGUCUUAAGGCCUCCCAGGAGAGCUGGGUGUGCAAGCUUGAGAUACAGUUAGCUUGCAGGACUUGAAGCAUGCAACUGCUGUCUGUGGGGAACUGAACCUUCCCUUUGCUUUGAAGAAAGAAGCAAGAGCCAUAUAAUCCUUAUUGGACCGAGUUGCUCUGCCAUCACCUCUCCUGGCAAGGAUGUGCUCGGAUUGCUGCGUACACGGAAUUGUGGGGGAGCUGCCCUAAGCUCUGUGGCCCAGCUCUCAUUGAAGGCAAAGUGCUCUGAAGGCUGGAGGGUGUGGGGAACCCAAGUGUUUUGUGUGCUGACUCUCGUGUACACAGAAUGCAUCCUGAACAUGCGUGUGACUGCACUUUGGGUUAGAUCUAAAUUGUCACAGUGGUACUAUCCGUGCCAGCAGGGCUGCCAGGGGAGUGAGCCUAUGCCUUUUUGUUUGCAGCAUCUGAUGGAGCAGCCACCUUGACCAGCUUCCUUCCAAGGUUUGGUGUAGCCAUUCUUAACACUCAGAACAACUUCUAACAGUGUCUGGGGCUUGCAGCAAGGCACAGAUGUGGAGAUAUGCGCUCUGUGACUUCAAGGCGUGACUGGAAAGAAUGUUAGAGAGCUAACCUUUUGCUCUCUGGAGGCCAGCAUAACAUGACUGCAGUGUGAGCUGUGUACCUUUGUCCAGCCAGCACUUCCUUACUUGACAUGGAUAUUGCACUUUUGUAAAGCAUCCUGGAACUCUGCUGCCCCGCUGCAUGCUGUGCAGAGCGCUGGAUAGGAAACACAGACAAAUGGGUUUCUUUUGGUUUAUUAUUGUUGCUACUCUUUUUUUCCCCCCUUCUUUUUCUUUCCCCACCCCUUUUCUUUUUUACUGGAACCUUGAGCAACAGUGUGGCAUUUCUGCAGGCUGGUCUGAACAGAUCUGCUGAAGAACAGAUGGCCUUUGCCUAUUCUUAUGGCUGCGACAUAAUCGGUCUCAUCCAUAUGGUCACAUUUUGUCUGGGGAGUGGACUUUCAAAAGCCAAGAUCUCCCAGACUCUGUGCCUCCCUCUUGGGUGAACAGCAGGUGCUAUCUGGCGAAGACUCAUCUGUUCUAGAUGGCAUUCAUGGUCGAGGGAGCCCAAACUCUUCAAGCUGUAGGAGGGAAAGCUGUAGAGACUUCUCUCUCUCUUCCAUCAUGUGUCUCUGUUUUUAAUGUGACAAAAUGCCAAGGCCAUAUCACUUGGUGUGUCCCAGCUGACCUUAUUGGAGCCUCACUCAUGUUACUGGUUGCUAGCAAAAGGGUCCAGAAUUCAGGGGAGAUGAGACUGGCCUCUGGACACCUCGCUGACUGCAAAUUCAAGGCAGCUUGUCCGGUUGAAGGUGACUGCAUCAGUGAAGACACUUCAUGUUACUCUUUCAGAAGCACAAACGUGGGCAUUGGCUUGUCUGGUUGGCUUGGUUUAUUUCCACUGCAUCAUCAUGAGUGAAUGACACUUUCUUUUGGAACUGAGAACUCUUCCAAGCACACAAACAUCUCCACAAUGUGAAAUGUAAAUAGCAUGUUGGACUCUUGCGUCCAGUGUUCAAGACUGCAUUGUAAUUGUAAAGGAAACCGAAUCAAGACUUGGCUGUGAAUUUCUUGUGCUGUCUUGGGAAUAUAACUGUAGUGUUUGUAUCCUGUAUGUACUAUUAAACUGAGUUCAUUUUAUGUGCUGAUAAAAGGGUUCAAGCUAA